AUGGAAAUUCCGAAGAAUAAUCCAACUGCUAUCGGUGCUUGUAUAAUUUAUCAACUUCACAAACGAAAUUCUUGUCAAGAAGCCUAUCAAAAGUUCUGUGCAGUUUUCGGAAGCGAUUCGGUGGAUUUCGAAAGUUUCAGCUAUUAUUUCUCUCAAUUUCUCCGCGGAAAUUUGGAUAUUAACUAUAAUAGAGGAAUAUCAAAAAAUCAAAAAUUGGUCGAUAUUCUGAAGAAUGAUCCGACAACUCUUCGUGCAUGUAUUCUAUACGAAAAUGCUCAAUCUCAAUCAUUUGUGGACGCUCACAAGGAUUUCUGCGAUACAAUUAAAAGUGAUUUUGUGAAAAUGGAAGAUUUUGAGUGUUAUUGGGAUGCUGGGAAUAAGAAAAAAGAAAAUCCGGAUCCGCUCCCUAAGACACCACCAUCGACGAAAUUGGAAUAUGAUCUACUCGACAUUUAUAUUGGAGACAAUUUUGUAAAAUUGGACGCGGAUGGAAUUGUCCAAACAUUCGAUAAAACUGAUCACCUGAUAGACGCAUUCGAAGAAUUGAAAUUGUUUUCUGAAAAUGCGGAAAUUCAAGAAAUCAGAUUAUAUCUCAACUUGAUAAGUGAAAAAGAAGAUGUCGAAUUGUUUCAUUCGAUUUUCAAAAAGUCGAUAUUCUUGGCAAAAUCUGUUUAUAUUAAAACGUUUUAUACAUCUCAAGCCUCAUCGAUUUUGAAGUUUUUCGAUUCGAAAAAGUUGGGAAAUUUCGAGAUACAAUGCUCAGAGCACGAUGGAAGAGUUCACUCGUUUUUCGAAAUGGAAUAUUUCAGAAAAGUGAAAAAUGUGUCACUUCGAGAUUUUGGAGUUUUCGAUUCCACCCAUCUCGACUAUUUCCAUCAUUUCGACUCUUUCGAAAUUCGAAUUAUUUCGAUUUCCGCUUCGAAAAUUGUCCGAUUGAGAGAUGCACUCUCGAAAUCCGCCAAUUUCAAAACCUGUUGCAUUCUAUCCGGUGAUAGAGAUUUUGAUGUUGUCAGUGUUGGAAGAGCUCUCGGAACCGCCCAUCACGAUGAAAAUCACUGGCACAUGACUUAUCGUCACCUGAUAGACGGAGUUGACGGAUUUCUUGUUUUCGAAAUUUAUAGAACUUUUAUCACUGUUAAUAAGAUUUGUUAA